AGUACACCACAGUAUUUUACUUUAAAAACUUGCCGAUAUUUCAGUUCAAUAUUAUAAGAAUGCUGAUCUAUAGUUACAUCUUAAUACUUUUGAUUGAUAUGAUCACGUAUUUACGACAUUAAACGUUACGUUUCGAUAUUUGACUGAAAACCGAAGUGAAGCUGUUAUCAGAAGGAAUUGCAGAGCAGCAUCCGAAGCGUGUUGUGUUUAGGGCAUUGCAUCUCACGCGUUCCUCCGCAUCCCUGAGCGUCACUGCGCAUUCUGAUACCUCCAACAACACAACGCGCGCGUACUGAGAAUUCAUUUCGGAUUGUUCAUUCCUCGGUCUGUCUCCACUCUGAUCGUGCUUGCUUUUAAGGUGAAAUUACGUCAUUCUAGGUGGAAACAAAGACGAGUUGAGCUCCGAGAGCUCUAGCAGACGGAGAGAGGGAGAGAGAGAGCUGCUUCUGCUCACCAAACUCCCCCUGCAAUCCGGAUGGGAUACGGACGGCCAUUCCCCAGCAUUCCCAUCAUCGCGCGCAUGGAUGUAUGCUGAUGAUGAUGCUGCUGAUGCCGUGACAUGCAACCGCAAGGACUUGUCUGUGGAUUAACGAUGCACUUUUUUUGUAGUUGAGCGAUUUCCGUCGAGUUUUUCAGUCUCGUUCCGGAGGACAGCAGAUGGGACCGUGGAAUAGGCUGUCAUUUUUUGAGGAAAACAACAACCAAAACCACAAUGGAUGCCAUGCCAGAGUACUCACUCUUCCUCAUGAGGAUUUUAGAGGAAUUGGAUACCAAGUACAGUACAGUUUCAUAUCAAGAUCUCUGUAAAUCCCUGUGUGCCAGAUUUGACUUGGUCCAUUUGGCUAAGCUGAGGAGUUUGCUAUUCUACACGGCAUGUUUGGAUCCAGCUUUCCCCGCAACCUUAUUCAAAGACAAGAUGAGGUGCUCGGUAGAGGACCAGCAGUCCAAGAAGCUCAUGGUGGCGGCGGAUAUCGUCACCAUGUUUAACCUAAUCCAAAUGAACGGAGGUAUGGCCAAAGACAAGCUGCCAAUGGCUCCAAGACCCAAAUUUCAAAAGAACCAGUCCUUCGAGUCCUGUCGAUCCGACACGGAGGUAUAUAAAUUCAACGACAACGUGAGGGCGUACAACCUCUUGGACGCCAGGGGUCAUUGUGCGUCUCGGAAUUCGCCCUGCCCCAAGCCUGAGUGCAACAACUGCCAGCAGUACGUACCAACCUCAGACCCCAACUUCCUCUUGGGAGUCACCAAGGACCUGAAAUGUAGGGCAGCGUCACUGGAUAAGUUACAGCAUCUGCCGCAGUACUCCAGCGUCAGUCCUCCUUGUGAGAUGCAGAGCACUUACUUCCCCAUGGACAUGGACAGCGAGUCAAUGGACCAGGAUUCUCUGCAUGUCAAUCCAGGGAUGAAGGAUGUCUUCGUGUCCAGCGGAGAGCCUUUUACUGUGCACUCGUGUGUGCAGAAGCGGAAUAUUUUCAAAGAGGAUUUUCACAACCUUGUUGCCUUUUCGCCCCGUGUGGUUACAGCGGAGUGCAGAGCGAACUCCAAAGCGGGAAGGGAUUACCACCGGAGGGAGCUGAACAAGCCUCCCACCUUCUUCAAUCACAGUUUUGAGCUGCCGUACAGCAACCCUUACUUCGAACCCGUCGGCUCACCCAUCCAGAACAAAGGGCGCGUGAAGCACGAGAGCCUGGAUGACUUGCAAGCGUCCACUUAUUUCGGACCUACCACGAUCUCUGAGUGUGUGAGCAACAGGAGGACUUCCAGCAAGUAUGGCAAACAGCAAGCCUGGCCAGUGAAGAGCUUGAGUCUCAAUACUGAAGAAGGCCCUGACUUUGAGAGGUCCUUCUUGAACGGCAAAGUGGUGAAGGACAAUCAGCGUCAUAACCUCAACAUCAGGAAAGACGAUCAACAGUUCCAGUGUGCGAAAGAAAAACCCACUGCCUCCCCCUCAGGUUUCUCCAAGAAGUCCAAUGGAACCAAAACAAAAGACAUGACUUCUGUAGCUUGUGGGCCUAGUGUUGAAAAGAGAGAGGUUGGCAAAAGGUACAAGGACAAGGGCAUCAACUGUCCGUCGUUACAGUCAGGUAACGUAGAAAUCGGAAUGAAUGUAGGUACACAGACAGAAAAACCCGAACACAGGAAAGUAAAGGAUUACACCAGUCAUGCCAAAUAUGGAGAGAGGCCGGCCUUCAAACACUCCGAUGAAGAUUCUGAGAUCAUCAGCGACGAUAUUAGCGACAUAUUCCGCUUUCUGGAUGAAAUGAGCGUGUGCGACUCUGUCGGCGUUGUGCCGUCAUCGUGCUACAACAGCAAUGGCUCACUGUCUCAGGUCACAAAAUCAGACGGUGACAGCUCGCCCGAAUGUAACACCAUCAAGCUGGGCAAAACCAGCAUCAAGCUCGACCGCCUCUUCCAGUCGCUGGAGAACUCAGACGAUGACCUCAAAGACAGCGUUUGCAAGCUGGUUCUCAGGAUCGGGAAGAUCGAAAAGAAACUCGAGUCUCUUUCAGGGGUGCGAGGUGAGAUUUCACAGGUGCUCUCCAAACUUAAUAAGCUCGACGAGAAGAUUCAAGAACCAGAGCCGAAUGGGAAAACACCAGACAACGGCGCUGCCGAACAGAUUAAGACUGAUGUCAACCUCUCGCCUCAUGUAUUCCAGUGUCACACCACAGGACACAACAUGAAGGUGGAGAAAGGUCCAGAAUGGUGCUGCUCAGAGGCCGACGGGAGCGAAAGCCUGAGGUUAAAGGCGAUGAGGAAAAGCAUGUUCACACGCCGGUCGUCAAGGUCGUUGACCGAGGAAAACAGCGCCACUGAGUCUAAAGUGGCCAGCAUCACUAACUCGCCUCGAGAUUGGAGGACGGUUUCUUACUCCAGCCAUACAGCGGAUGAAGGAAAGGAAAGAGAGCGACAUGGUGAAGCCAAGGACAGACACAGGAAAUCCAGAGAGACAGACCGGCAGUAUGACGCCCACCAGGCGCACCGCUCCUCAAAGCCGCCCAAAGACUCCUACCUGGUGGAGCAGGUGUUCAGCCCGCAUCACUUCCCUCCCGCCGUCAAAUCUCACGUGAAGGGCAGCCCUCUCUACACGGACCUGCGGCUGACCGGCCUCGCCGACGGCAAGCGUUCCCAGCCGUCCUGGACCAUCGAGGAGCACAAACGCAACUCAGGAGAUAAGAACAAGCUCAGCGCGUUGGACUUGCAGGUCCAGGAGUCGCUCAACCCAAACAACCUGGAGUACUGGAUGGAGGACAUCUACACGCCGGGCUACGAUUCGCUGUUGAAGCGUAAAGAGGCAGAGUUUCGUAGGGCCAAGGCGUGCAAAAUCGGUGCGCUGAUCGCUGCGGCUGCCUGCACUGUGAUUCUGGUCAUCGUAGUGCCCAUUUGCACCAUGAAGUCUUGAGCCAUCCCCUGCACCAGAAUGCCAGACGAUGGAGAUGCAAGCAGGUAACUUGCCAUUUAAGCACUCCACACAGGUGGUGCUACAGCGGAGAUGAAUGUUCUAUAACGCUGAGGAGCAAUAUCUCCCCCAGAGGCCUCAGUCACAGCCGUGGAGCUUAUUUAGUCUUCAAUCUUAAUAGCCUACAUGAAACGAGUUCUUGGAAGGGACUGCAAGGACAGGCCUGGGAUCAGUUAAAAAAAAAACAUCCCCAUGUGAUCUUCUGAGAGGCGCUCGACUGUGCCAAAGCAUUCCUGUCCGUAAUGAUCUGGCAGGAAUUAGAUCGAAUAGUAGAUUUCAAUGAAAAUACUUUCAGAAUAAUUCAGCGCGGUGGCCUAGAUAGAAGUUUCAUCGCGGUCUCAGAGGGCUCGGAAAAUAUUUGAGUAAAAUAUAUGCAAAUUUGAUGUCCUAAUAUAUUCCUGGGCUAAACACACAGCUGGCAUUUACUUAAAGGGUACGAGCUUUAGAAAUCACAAUCUAAGACUCAAACGUUGUUUUAUAAAGGAAAAAUAGCUCGGUUAAAAUUGUAAUUAGAUUAAGCUGUUGCAACAUUGCAGUUUAUUUAUUAAGUUUAUUUUCAGCUAUACGUGAAGAAAAAGAAAGAAAUGAUGAAAAAAUAUUUAAUAAAUUAUUUGAUAAAUUAUUAUGAAUUACUUCAUUAUUAAAUGUAACAUAAUUGUAUUUAUUGCGAUGUUAGUAUUAUUAUAUUUAUAGACUGUUGUUUCUCUCUCUCUCUUUUACACUUGAUGCUUUUAUGUCUCAUGUCGUUCUUGACAUUUACUGCCUAGCUUUUCCCAUCUAUCU